AUGUCUUAUCCGUUCUUAUCAGAGUUUGAUAUUAUUUUUGCCGGAGGCGGGAGUACAGCUUGUGUUGUCGCGGGUCGCCUGGCAGCAUGUGACCCCUCGCUCAGGAUCUUAAUUCUCGAAGGAGGUCAACACACCCUCAAUAAAGCUGCGCAUGUUCAACCCUACCAAUAUUUCAUCCACCAGGCACCAACGAGUACUACGAUGACAAUCAACGUUGGAAACCCCUCACCACAUCUCAACGGUCGUGCGCCAAUCGUUCAUUGCGCCCAUUGUAUUGGUGGAGGCUCAAGUGUGAAUUUUAUGAAUUACACUCGUUCACCUGCCUCAGAUUUUGACGAUUGGGGAGUCGAUGGUUGGGAAUCUAAGAACUUGAUUCCCCUCAUGAAAAAGGUGGAGACAUACGAGGUGCAGGCCGAUCGUCCAACCCACGGGUAUAAUGGACCUAUCAAGGUGUCCUCUGGUGGGUGGAAAAUGGGCAUCAGCGAAGAAUUUAUCCGUGUUGGCAUGAAGUAUCACAAGAGGCGAUUUUCUGAUGACUCCAAUGAUUUGGAAACAUGCAAUACUUACACUCAUAUGAGAAGGUACAUCGACGGGACAACUGGAAUGCGUUCUGACGCUGCACAUCACUAUGUUUACAACCAAGCUCACAACCCCAAUUUACAAAUUUGGGUCGGAAAGCAUGUGAAGCGCGUGAUCUUCGAGGACAAGCAUGCUGUAGGGGUCGAGUUUACCGAUGACCCAGUGUCUUGCCCGGACGCGGGUCAGUCGUCAAGCAUCGUGAGGGCAUCAAAGCUUGUUGUUGUCUCUGCUGGGGCGUUCGGUUCGCCGGCCAUUCUCGAGAGGUCUGGGAUCGGUGCCGAAGCGAUUCUCAAGCGGUGCGAUAUCCAGCAGCUGGUGGACUUGCCUGGUGUCGGAGAAAAUUAUCGGUUAAGAGAUCACAACAUCGUCUUUAGUCCAUACUUUGCUGCUGACGGAGCUAUUACUAUGGACCCCCUCUGGCGUGGGGAGGAGAAUGUUAUACAGGAACACCUUGCACGAUGGAAAAGUAAUAGAAAGUCUCUCAUUGCACAGAACGGCAACGAUGCAAAAAUCAAGUGGCGUCCUGAUGAUGAAGAGUUGAAAGUUAUGGGUUCAACCUUUGAACCUCGGUGGAAGGAGUUCUUCCAGGACCGCCCGGAGAUGGCUGUCGCAAUAUUGACCGUCUUUGCAGGUUAUCUCGGGUCAGGUGACCUUCCCCCUCGCAAUUACAUGACUGCCGAAAUCACUACACUUUACCCCGCAUCCGUUGGUAGUGUUCAUAUCAAAUUAGGAGAGGACGGCAAGGAAGACAUCGACUUCACUACAGGCUUCCUAGAUGACCCAUCGGAUAUUGUACCUCUCAACUUUGGAUAUAAAAAACUGCGCGAAAUCGGCCGACGCAUGCCUUCUUACCGGGGUGAAGUUGCCGCCUUCCACCCUCCUUUCCCAGAGGGGAGUGCUGCGGUCUGCGGAGAAGCGACCGGUCCAGCGGACCUGAAUGCGCCUGACAUCAUCUACACUGCAGAAGAUGACGAAGCGAUCGAACGAUUUCACCGUGACACCAUGCAAACGGGAUGGCAUUCGCUCGGGACUUGUGCCAUGAAGUCGAGGGCAGAUCAGGGAGUCGUUGAUGCUCGGCUAAACGUGUAUGGUGUGACAAACCUCAAGGUUGCAGACUUGUCCAUCGUGCCGAAGAUUGUUGGUACGAACACUUAUUCGACGGCGCUCCUCGUUGGAGAGAAGGCUGCGAUGAUCAUUGCUGAAGACUUGGGUAUUAAAUGCAGGCCGUGA